UUUGCCCCCUAAACCCUAAUAACUGGUUGGGCCACCCUUAGCAACGACUGCAAUCAAGCGUAUACAGUAACUUGCAAUGAGCCUUUCACAGUGCUAUAGAGGAAUUUUGACCCACUCAACUUUGCACCCACAUUGAAGCGUGAACCGCCAUGCUACAGCAUCUCAAUAGGAUUUAGAUCAGGACUUUGACUAGGCCACUGCAAAGUCUUCACUUUUUUUUCUUCAGCAAUUCAGAGGUGCACUUGCUGGUGUAUUUUGGAUCAUUGUCCUGCUGCAGAACCAAAGUUCGUUUCAGCUUGAGGUCACAAACAGAUGGAUGGACAUUCUACUACAGGACUUUUUGGUAGACAAUAGAUAUCAUGGUUCCAUUUGUCACAGCAAGUCUUCCAGGUCCUGAAGUAGCAACCGCCCCAGACCAUCAGACUAACACCACCAUGUUUUACUGUAGGUAUGAUGUUCUUUUUUUAAAUGUGGUGUUACUUUCACAUCAGAUGUAAUGGGACACACCUUCUAAAAUUCAAAUUUUGUCGUGUCAGUCCAUAGAGUAUUUUAAGUCUUGGGGAUCUUCAAGAUGUUUUCUGGGAAAUCUGAGACGAGCCUUUGUUCAGCAUUGUUUUUCAUCCUGGCACUUUGUCAUGAACGCUAAUCCUAACUGAGGCAAGUAAGGCCUGCAGUUCUUUGGAUGUUGUUGUGGGGUCUUUUGUGACCUCUUUGUUGAGUCGCCACUGCACUCUUGGGGUAAUUUUGGAUUGCCGGCCACUCCUGGGAAGGUUCACUACUGUUCCAUGUUUUCAACAUUUGUGAAUAAUGGCUCUCACUGUGGUUCGCUGGAGAACAAAAACUUUAUGCUGCAUCGGCUGAUAUCUGCGCCAACAAGGCCCAAUUUUAAAUGAAUGCCUCACACUCUGCUCUGGGAUCCCCUUACUGUCCAUUCCACCAUCCUACUGACACACAGCAGAGGAGCUGAGGAACCCAGAACCUGCAGAGCUUCAGACACAGCUGCAGAGAAUGGCUUUACUUCAGCUUCGACUGGAUCCAAACUGGACAGAUGACGGCCACACUCCCCUGGAUAUCAUCAAGAUAUACUUUUCAAAGGAUGCUGUGGCAGCCAGCUCAAGGAAUAGACUGGACUAUUUACACUGGAAAGAACUACUUUUACACAGGCCAGAUUCUUUUAUUACUCUCUAAUGUCACUGAGUGGGUGAGAUCAGUGCCUUGAUGAAAGACAAUGAGAAACUGAAAGAGGAGGUGAAAAGUCUUCGUGGGCGAAUAGAGAAACAAAACGGUCACCCAGAGGAUGCAAGAAGCCCAGAGGUCAAGCGCUCUCCUGACCAUACAGCUGCUCGUCUGACCCCAGUGACCUCAGUGCUGAAGCCUGAGCUGCUGUCAGCAGGUGGAGCCACUGCAUCAGCAGCCACAGUGAAGAGUGAGAGUGAAAGCAAAGAGGCCUUCACUGAGAGGAAGGAGAUGUCAGAUAAAGGAGCUGUACACAAACGCCUACAGGAGUGGAGCGGAGCAUAUCCUUUUGGGUCUAAUAAGCUCUCUACUCUUAUGAAUGCCUCAAAUACAAAUAUAUGGAGAGAGAGGAGAUCAGCCAGUGUCGACUCUUUAGAGCCUCGUCCAUCUCCACCCUCCCCAACUAUCCCUUCUCACCUUCGCCUGCUGAAGAAAAACCUGUUCCUUUCCAAGGAUCGUCCUCAAAGAGUGUCCGCCCCCCUCCGACCCCAUCCAAUCAAAACAGCUCCACCCUCCCUUCAUUGGCCUCUGCCAGAGCGCAAAGACUGGGCUAUGAUGGCAACAGUAGGGGCCCAUCCAAACAUAAGCCAAGACUCCAGGUCCACCUUGCUGCAUUUUGCUGGCCUGGUUCCUCCUACAGGAGCUCUUGAGCCUCGUUCUCAGUCCCAGGAAUCCAUUCGACCUGUCUGCCCGCCCCACAGGAGCGUCUGUGAACUGGGGGAGAGCAGAAACAGAGAGAGGGGAGCCACAGUGUCAGUUAUAGCUCCACCCAGCUGGAAAGCUCCUGCGGUUCGGCCUGAGCAGGUCUUUGGAGAGAGUCUGAGAGAGGGCGAGGAGGAGGCUCCUCUGGACCUGUCCAGUGGAGGAGGGUGUACAGCCAGUGAUACAGAAAGAACAGAGACAGCCCAACAGAGUAGCCAACCACAGAGUAACAUUGCAUCACCAUCAUCAUCCUCUUCUUCAUCACCCCCAGCUCCACUCUCUUCCCCAUCCUCAGCUCAAUAUGCUUCCAGCCCUCAGAGUGAUCCACAGACAGCAGACACUAAACCACAGAGGGAAGAGACUUGGGAGAAGCAGAAGACUGACAGCGUUCAGGAGAAAGAGAAGCAAGAGAAUGGACAAUUCUCAGAGAACCUGAAGGUCCCCACUCUAACCAUUUCACUUCGUCCAGUUGUGGUUCUGGAGUCUCUAAAAACUGCAGGACAGAAUGAGCAGGACAUGGGGUGGAGCAGCAGUCCCCAGGAUGAGGAGGAGGUGGAGGAUGAGGAGAACAACCAGAGCAUGGCGAAGAAGAGACCUGGCCAGGACAAUGAAGCUGUUUCAUCACGACGGCCACUAAAGGAGAAGAGAACGAGGCUGACAGCAACGCCACAGGGGCCCGAUCACGGAGAUUCAGAUCAAGGCUGAAUGGAGGCAUGAACCACUGCGAAUCUUCUGGCAGCCUUUUGUCCUCUCAUUCAAUUACAAACCAUCAGGGAUACAACUGAUCUGAACUUCUGACUUCUGAUCUGCACACAACUAGAAGACUGGGCCUCAUCUCUAGCACUAGAAACACUUUUUAUCAUUAUAGACACUCUCUAGCACUCUCUCUAACUCUAGCACAGAUCUCAUGUGACUAGCCCACACACAUACCACACACCGGAAAGAAGAGCAAACCUCAUCUAAUCAUAGCACUUAGGAGCUUCUGACGAUGACGGUUUGCUUAGAUCCUCAUUUGCAUGGCCUGAGAACCGUGGCUUCUUAUAUAUACACACUCACACAGGUCUGCCCCACAGAUCUCCCAGUCAAGUCUUUGACCAGAGCGAACAGGAGGUGGUGGGCGAGCAGGGGACAUCCUGUCCUGAGACUGUGACUUAAACUCAACUUCUCGUAAUCCAACAUCCUUUGGGCCCUUGAUUUUCCUUUCUCUCUUCUUGUUCUCUCUCUCUCUCUCUCUAUUUCAUCUCAGCCACUCUUUCUCUCUAAAGCUCUCUCUCUCUCCCUCUCGCUCUCUCGCUUGCUCUCUUCCUCUUUGUACAUAGACAUGAACCCAACUCUCCUUCCCUUUUCCGUCUGAGUUUCCACUAUUUUCACUUCCGUGCUCAAGGUCGAUUCUCGCUCUUUCACAUAUAUAGCCGCAGUCGAACUCGCUGGGCUAAUUUUGUGAGCGUCGGGCUCUCGCGAGGGCGACGAAACGAAAGACACGAAAGACGCGAAAGACCCUCCUCUUCCCCUUUUUGGUUUUCUGAGAUGGCAGCGCACACAUUUUGUAAGAGCGAAUUUUCCACUUGCAGCAGCUGUGGGCAUUUCGUGCUUGUUAAAAGGCGGGGUGCGGUGAAGGGUAAUACUGUGACUACGAGAAAAAAAAAAACUAAAGUGUUGAUCAAUGCCUUUCAGCUUGACUAGUUGCUCACUACUGUCUUUUACAAUUCUUUUACAAACUGUUUAAACAAGUCAUAUAUAUCAAAGUGGGUUUAAAAACACUUUUUUCAAUGGUAGCAUCCGAAAAAAAACUGCUGUCUGGAGCUGUGUAUUUUCUGUACAUUGAAAUAAACCAUAUUCAAGCUGUAUAAA